CAACAGCAUUUGUUCUCCACACCACCACAACCCACAACCAAUCCUCUCACCUCUCGCCGGCACAGCAAACACCGAAAGAGAGCCCAACCGAUGGCCGCCACGAUGUCGCUCUCGUCCCCCGCCCUCGCCGGCACUCCGGUCAAGCUGGCCCCCACCGCCUCCAACAUCCUCGGCGACGGCCGCGUCACCAUGCGCAAGACCGGCGCCAGGCCCAAGCCCGCCGCCUCCGGGAGCCCGUGGUACGGCCCGGACCGCGUCAAGUACCUCGGCCCAUUCUCUGGCGAGCCCCCGUCCUACCUCACUGGUGAGUUCCCCGGUGACUACGGGUGGGACACUGCAGGGCUCUCUGCUGACCCCGAGACCUUCGCCAAGAACCGCGAGCUCGAGGUCAUCCACUGCAGGUGGGCCAUGUUGGGUGCUUUGGGCUGCGUCUUUCCUGAACUUUUGGCCCGUAACGGGGUCAAAUUCGGCGAGGCCGUGUGGUUCAAAGCUGGAGCCCAGAUCUUCAGCGAGGGCGGCCUGGACUACUUGGGCAACCCGAGCCUGAUCCACGCGCAGAGCAUCUUGGCCAUCUGGGCUUGCCAGGUCAUCCUCAUGGGCGCCGUCGAGGGCUACCGGAUUGCGGGUGGCCCUCUUGGUGAGGUGACCGACCCGCUUUACCCCGGCGGGAGCUUCGACCCACUAGGAUUGGCUGAUGACCCCGAGGCCUUUGCGGAGCUGAAGGUGAAGGAGAUCAAGAACGGCCGGCUCGCAAUGUUCUCGAUGUUCGGGUUCUUUGUGCAGGCGAUCGUGACCGGCAAGGGCCCGUUGGAGAACCUCGCCGACCACCUCGCUGAUCCAGUGAACAACAAUGCUUGGGCUUACGCCACCAACUUCGUCCCCGGCAAGUGAGAGCCGAAAGUCCACAUCAGCGCCGAAUUGAUGUGGUUGGUUGGAUUGUUAAGGGAUGGUGUAAAAUGAGCAAAUUGUGUACUAAUAUUGUAUCAAGGAAUGUUCUUUGAUUGCCAAAUCA